AUGAUGGAGACUUCCCAAAUUUUGAUAGAAUCAGGAAGCGGCCGAUGGCAGCGGAGCCGAGUCCAGAAAGCAAACAAAGGGGAUAGUGGACUAAGCGACUAUAGAACCAGCAGCACGACUUGGAUUGAUCCCUCGAAAGACUUUAGUGCUGCUGGUAAGGUGUGCAUGAAGAUUCGAGGUUGUGCCAAGCUCAUUACGGGAAUUGAAGAUUUUGAGAGGCUUGCGACGUCAGAGCUCCAGCUGGUGAAAUACGCUGAGGGCCAGGAGUACAAGGCUCAUUAUGACGGCCGCAUGCUGCCAGAUGGCACGCUUGAAGCUCGUGGGACAUUCCUUGUGUACCUGAAUGAUGGCUUCGAGGGUGGGGAGACGUACUUUCCAAACGUAGGCAUCAAGGUGAAGCCAGAGAGAGGGAAAGCUAUUCUCUGGUACACACAUUUGACAGAUCAAGGCAUUGAAGAUAGUAGGUCCAAGCAUGCAGGGUUACCAGUCAAGAGGGGAGAGAAAUACUUAUGCACACAGUGGUUCAGUCUCCCUGCUUAG